GCCCACGAUGUCCUUACCCCAUGGCCGUUUUCAUGGCUGCUUAAAAUGGUCUAUGGUCUGUCUCUGUAAGUAAAAUAACAAAAACUGUGGCCCCCGGGAGAUCCUGGUCCAGCAUGCUCUGCUCUGGGAAGGCCGCGGCAGUGCCCCCACAGCCUGCACCCCGUAAUCACUGUGUCUGCUGUGUUCGUGAGCCCUGCCUCCCUUAAACAGGACGGGGUUAGGGGCAGGCCCAGGAGGGCAGAGCGUAGUGCCCCGAGUCAGACCCGCGUCCGCUGCCCUGCGCUCACGGGCUGUGUGGCACUGGGCAGGUGGGGGGCCUCUCUGGGCUCCCUUUUCCCCAGCCACAGGACAGGGAGAAUAAGGCAGGUUCAGAUCCUGUGGGAUCUGUGAGAUCCUGUCAACAGCAAGUGGGUCGCUCAGCCCCAGCGCCCACCCCGCCCCCGCCCCGCAGCUGGUACGGCACCUGCUUCUCCACCUGUGAAACGGGAGUCAGCCCGGCCCCCGGUGCCCGGGGCAGUUACAAGGAGCCGUGAGAUGCGGCUGGUCUCACACAGGGCCUGGGACACGCUGGGCGCUUGGUGGCCAGUGGAUGUUUCUGCCGUCGGCGUGGGACCCUGCUGACGCCUGUGGCAGGAAACACUUAAGGGCCAUGCUCAGGUCAGGCCCAACUCUAGGUCAGGGGGCUGCUUGGCCCGGGGUGGCCCCGCGGAGCCCCCGGGCUGUGAUCAGGAGGUGGCAUAGCGGUCCUGCAUUGUCCCAGGAGGCCGGUGUCCUUGCUGCCACCAUCGUGUGCUGUGCCCAGCCUCGGGGCCCAGCGUGUCCCAGGAGCCGCUGUGCUGACGGGAGAGGGGCUGGCGGGGGGCACUGCUUGUGGGUUCCAUGUCCCAGCGCGACCCCCGCCCAGGCCCCAGGGCCAGGGGAGCCACAGGGGUGCUCGCGUGUGCCCCCAAACCCCAGCUGGGGACACGUGUGCGGUCUAACUUAGUAACACACCUGUUGUGGGAAUGAAAGCGCUUGUGGCCGGGGGUUAUUUUCGGCGUCUCUUUAGCAAGUUGCUGAGACUGCCCAGGAGCCCGCGGGAGGGAACACGGGCGAGCGAGGGCACGCAGGCCACCGGGAGGACCCAGGCGCCGAGGCAAGCUGGUAAGAGAGAAGCAGGGGGUCAGGGCCAGGCCGGGCCGUGCGGGGGCCCAGGAGGUAGAGAAAGCCGCUGGUCUCAGAGGCCUCGGGAAGUUCCAGACCCCAGGUGAUGGCCCGGCUCUGCUGCAAGGAAUCGGGCCCCUGCGGCGUGAGCUCCCCGGGCCAGCAGAGCCCUCUCCUGGCCGGGGCGUGGGGACGGCCGGCGGCUGUCAUCACUCUCGACCCGGGUAUCAGCUGCAGCCACCAGGGAGAGAGCAAACGGGCCCAGCAGUGGGGUCCCCUGCUCUUCCGGAAGGUCCUCCGGACAGCACCUCGGAGAAGGUGAGGGCGGGAACGCUUCCUGCCUGUGUCCGGCGUUCACUGCCCAUCGCAGAGCGAGGGAAGCCACGAGUGAGGGGACGCUCUGGGGCUGGUGUGUCCCCUUGAGGCCCCAGAAGGUGCCCCUGAGGCUGUUCAGACCAGGGGGCGAACGGGCUUCGACUGCGGGUGCCUCCUGGGGAGGGGCGGCCGACGCAGGCCCCGUGUGGGGACAGGAGUGCACGCCGGCCGGGCAGGGCCUUCCAAACUCCUGCUGAGCGGCGGCCCGUUACUGACGAGGGGUCCCCGACACGGGAGCCGUCAGGGCCAAGCCUUCCAGCUCCUCCUGGUGGCAGGACAGCCGAGGCCAUAACCCAGGAACCAUGGAGCGGAAGGGGACCAACACCCGUCCUCCGCGUCAGGCCAAGGGCCACUUGCAAAUGAAGAAAUGGAGUCCAGGCCCCCCACUCGCACCUCCCAGGCAGAGUGAUGAACGGUGGUCACUCACCCACGGCCGUCAACGGGGCUCCGUCCACGCCCAGCGGCUUCAGCAAUGGCCCGGCCACCUCGUCCACGGCCUCGCUGUCCACGCAGCACCUGCCCCCGGCCUGCGGGGCGCGGCAGCUCAGCAAGCUGAAGCGUUUCCUCACCACCCUGCAGCAGUUCGGCACCGACAUCUCCCCGGAGAUCGGGGAGCGCGUGCGCACGCUGGUGCUGGGGCUCGUGAACGCCACGCUUACCAUCGAGGAGUUCCACUCCAAGCUUCAGGAGGCCACCAACUUCCCUCUGCGUCCCUUCGUCAUCCCCUUCCUGAAGGCAAACCUGCCCUUGCUGCAGAGGGAACUCAUGCACUGUGCCCGCCUCGCCAAGCAGACCCCCGCCCAGUACCUGGCCCAGCACGAGCAGCUCCUGCUGGACGCCAACGCCUCCUCCCCCGUCGACUCCUCGGAGCUCUUACUGGACACCAACGAGCAUGGCAAGAGGAGGACCCCUGACAGGACCAAAGACAGUGGGUCAGACCGUGACCCGCUGCACCCCGACCACCUCAGCAAACGGCCGUGCACCCUGAGCCCCGCCCAGCGCUACAGCCCCAGCAACGGGCUGCCUCACCCCACGCCUCCCCCGCACUACCGCCUGGAGGACAUGGCCAUGGCCCACCACUUCCGCGACUCCUACCGCCACCCCGACCCCCGGGCGCUGCGGGAGCGCCAUCGGCAGCUCGCGGCGCAGGGUUCCCGGCAGGAGGAGGUGAUCGACCACAGGCUCACGGAGCGGGAGUGGGCAGAGGAGUGGAAGCAUGUCAACCACCUUCUGAACUGCAUCAUGGACAUGGCCGAGAAGACACGGCGCUCGCUGACGGUGCUGCGCCAGUGCCAAGAAGCCGACCGGGAGGAGCUCAGCCACUGGGUCCGGCGCUGCAGCGACAGCGAGGACGCCAAGAAGGGCCCCGCACCUGCCCCCGCCCGGGCCCUCAACAGCUCCCCGGGGGCACAGGGGUCUCCGUUAGACGCCCACCGGGAGUUCAUGCCUCGGAGCAUCUCUGGCUACAUGCCCGAGGAGAUAUGGAGGAAGGCUGAGGAGGCGGUGAAUGAAGUGAAGCGGCAGGCCAUGUCCGAGCUGCAGAAAGCCGUGUCGGACGCCGAGCGGAAGGCCCACGAGCUCAUCAGCACAGAGCGCGCCAAGAUGGAGCGCGCCUUGGCCGAAGCCCGGCGGCAGGCCUCGGAGGACGCCCUGACCGUCGUCAACCAGCAGGAGGACUCCAGCGAGAGCUGCUGGAACUGCGGACGCAAGGCUAGCGAGACGUGCAGCGGCUGCAACGCGGCGCGGUACUGCGGCGCCUUCUGCCAGCACCGGGACUGGGAGAAGCACCACCACGUGUGCGGCCAGAGCCUGCAGGGCCCCGCGGCUGCCGCGGCUGACCCGGGGCCCACGCCGCCCGACGCCACGGCCAGCCUGGGCCCCUGCCUGCCCGCGGGCGCCGCCAGCCCCAGCGAGGCCAGCUCUGCGGGGCCCUCUCGCCCCGGCUCGCCUGGCCCGCCGGGGCCCCUGGACGCCGCGCCCCGCUGA